CGUCUCCAUUUUCUCUCCGCAGUUUCUUGAUCCAUCCGCCUUUCCUCACACGGGCGGCGGCGGGGAGUGGUUGGUGCCACGAAAAACUCCUCCUUUUCCCUUUCUUUUCGCCUCCAAUCUUGCGCAAUUCAUCAGAAAAAGAGAGAUUAGGCAAUGGCGGAAUCAGGCCCAUCUAUUGCGAGCGAUGUGACUGCACUGAUCGGCAAGACUCCACUAGUGUACCUCAACAAGGUGGUGGAUGGAUGUGAGGCUCAAAUUGCUGCCAAGCUUGAGAUCAUGGAGCCCUGCUCCAGUGUCAAGGAUAGGAUUGGUUAUAGCAUGAUUACUGAUGCUGAAGAGAAGGGUCUCAUCACUCCAGGAAAGAGUGUUUUGAUUGAACCUACUAGUGGAAAUACUGGCAUUGGGCUUGCUUUCAUGGCUGCUGCCAAGGGCUACAAGCUAAUCCUGACAAUGCCGGCUUCCAUGAGCAUGGAGAGGAGGAUCAUACUUAAGGCCUUUGGUGCCGAGUUGGUCCUCACUGAUCCACUUCUUGGCAUGAAAGGCGCAAUCCAGAAGGCAGAUGAGUUGGCAGCAAAGAUGCCUAACUCUUACAUUCUUCAACAAUUUGAGAACCCUGCAAAUCCUAAGAUCCACUAUGAGACAACUGGACCUGAGAUCUGGAAGGCCACUGCGGGGAAAGUUGAUAUCCUUAUCUCUGGCAUUGGAACCGGCGGCACAGUAACCGGAACAGGAAAGUACCUCAAGGAACAAAACUCUGAGAUCAAGAUCUAUGGUGUGGAACCAGCAGAGAGUGCCGUUUUAUCUGGAGGAAGGCCUGGUCCGCACAAAAUCCAAGGUAUCGGUGCUGGUUUUAUUCCUGGUGUACUUGAUAUUAAUUUACUGGACGAAGUGAUCCAAGUCUCGAGCGAUGAAGCCAUCAGCAUGGCGAAGCAGCUGGCGCUGAAAGAAGGGCUGCUGGUUGGGAUUUCGUCUGGUGCUGCUGCAGUUGCUGCCAUCAGGGUCGCACAGCGGCCCGAGAACAAAGGGAAGCUCAUAGUUGUCGUCUUCCCCAGCUUUGGAGAGCGCUACCUGUCAUCUGUCCUCUUCGAUUCGAUCAAGAGGGAGGCUGAAAACAUGGUGUUCGAGCCAUGAAAACGUCUCCAUCGUUGUGCUGUGCAGAUUGUGUGUCCAUGGUUUGGGGGCUUUAUAGAGAGAAGGCGUAGCGAGUGCAUUUUUCUCCUCCUGUCUUGAUUUCGGUUGCCAUGUAGUCAAAUGAUCUGAAUAAAGAAUUUGCACCUCGAAUUCUCGAUCAAAAUGUGGGCAUCUGAUCAUGUUCCAAGGGAUUAUAUGUCCAGAUCAUGUAUUUAUCAUGUUUUUAAAGUUAAUCUUAACUGAAGAUUUCAUA